GCGUGCGUGCGUGUGUGUGUGUGUGUGUUCUGCAUGGUUAGGUGGAGUUGUGUGUGUUUGAGAGAGUAUGAGAUUGUGUGUGUCUGAUUUGUGACCAGGUGGAGUAAGCACAAAGUCAAGUUCUCCUUGAUUGUCAUUUACACUAUAGUGUAAGAAAUGCAUUACAUGCACUCAACUGUGCAUAACUCAAUUAUAUGCACUCAAUAUGGAAAGAAAUGGCAUAGGGCAACCAAUGCCCAAUUUGUACAGUCAUUUCUCCAUCGACUUGUAAAGACAAACACUUUGAUCAGUCUUGUGCUCGCUCUCUGUUCCCCUUUCGCUAUGACUGAACUGCUGCUUCUAUAUUUACACACUGCUGAUCGCUGGAACUUUAUCAAGCAUACAUGGAAAUGAGAUUAAGAAUUUGGAUUGUAUUUUAUUUUAUUACACAUACAUAGAUGUUGGGAUAAUAUUGGUAGUUCAAGUAAUUAAAGUUAUUUUAACUGACAGGAGUGGUAUUUGUAGUAGUAGUAUUACUGUAGUAGUAGUAGCUGUAAUAGUAGUAGUAGUAGUAGUAGUAGAAGAAGAAGAAGAAGAAGAAGAAGAAUAAGAAUAAGAAUAAGAAUAAGAAUAAGAAGAAGAAGAAGAAGAAGAAGAAGAAGAAGAAGAAGAAGAAGAAGAAGAAGAAGAAGCGAAAGAAUAAUAGGGGGAACAGUUCUAGUUAUUGUUAUAUUAGAGUUUGUGGCUAAAAUAUAAACAGUCGCUACUUCUUCCUUCUCCCUAAGCCACAGUAUAAACCCUUCAUAUAGACACAGUGCAUUGGAUUGCAUUGCAUUUAAAUCAUUACAAGAGAAAAGCACAUUUCUUUGAGAAAUUGCUAUUUUUUUCAGUCAACACAAUUGGAUUCAAAUGAAUAACCGUGGUGGAAUAACGUGUUUUCUUUUGCACAAAGACAUCAACAUGCCUAGCAAUUAACACAGGCAUAAGGUAAUCCAUUUAAAUGGGUUAUUUAUUUUCAUUCUAUUUAAUUAGGAAUUGAUUGAAAACAGUGACAUGGAUCAUUUUUUACUUUGUCACCUAUAUAGUCAUUUUCAACAAAUAUCAAACGUUAAAUAUGCAAAGAAAUAAGAAUCAAUUUGAAGUAGUAUUGUAUUUGCCCUUCAGAUAUCUAAAAUCUCUCAGAAUUUCAGUUCAUCAUUUCAGUUCAUAGUUUAUUUAGUACCAAUAAAUACAUUCAUAAAUAAAUGACAAAAAUAACAAUGGUCUGGAAAAGUCCUUAUUCUUAAACAGAUUUAUUCAAUAAUUCCCCCCAAAAAGUACACUUGGGUUAUUUAUUUAUUGGUUAUUAGAAAAUGUUAUUAUAUUUUUCACAUGAAACAAGAGAAACUUAACAAUAUUAUAUAUAACUAUAGUAGCAUAUUGACGUAAUGGGUUUGCUGCUUGUUUAUUGGUUCAUAUUUUGUCAAAGUGAAUUAUGAAAAAAGCAUUUAACAGAUUGUGAAAGUUCUCAUGUUUUCUCUACUCCACAGCAUCAGUGAAUUAUUGUAGCUGCCCACACGUUUUGUGUGAUCUUCGCGUUUUUGAUCGAUUCUGUGCAUAACUCCACUUUACAUGUUGCAGGUUGGGUUUUCCCCAGUCCUUACAUCUGUGUGUGCCCUUACAAAAAAAGAAACAUGAAAACACGUGGUUUUCAGACACAUAGUCUGUACCAGUCAAAUGUUUGGAUAAACCUACUCAUUCCAUGGUUUUUUCUUUGUGUUUAAUAUUGUCUACAUUGUAGAAUAAUAGUAAAGACAUCAACACGGUGAAAUAACACACAUGGAAUUAUGUAGCAACUAAAAAAGUGUUAAACAAACCUAAAUAUAUUUUAUAUUUGAGAUUCUUAGUAGUGACUCUUUGCCUUGAUGGCAGCUUUGGCAUUCUCUCAACCAGCUUCACCUAGAAUGAUUUUCCAACAGUCUUGAAGGAGUUCCCACAUAUGCUGAGCACUUGUUGGCUGCUUUUUCUUCACUCUGUGGUCCAACUCAUCCCAAACCAUCUCAAUUGGGUUGAGGUCGGGUGAUUGUGGAGGCCAAGUCAUCUGUUGCAGCACUCCAUCCCUCUCCUUCUUGGUCAUUCAUUGUCCUGCUGAAAAACUCAUUUUCGGGAUCAGACACGUGGGUUUUUGGACACGUGUGAAUUUGUACAUGGAUUUCUCACAUGUACAUUUUUCAGUCAGACAUGUGGUUUCUGAACUUUUCACAUGAUAUUAUACAUUGCACAUGUGGUUUUGUAACUGCCGGGAUAAGAACCUGGGUCUCACUCUUGAGAAGCCAACGUCUUGACCAUUAGACCAAAUGGCCAACAUGUGGAAUUGCAUUUUCACAUGUGAAAAUCUCAUUUGCAGUUUUACAUGUCAAAUCAAAUCAAAUCAAAGUUUAUUGGUCACGUACACAGUUUAUCAGGCGUUAUAACUGUGCUGAAAAAGCUUAAGUUACUAGCUACUAACAAUGCAGUCAAGUGCCAAACAGCUAAAAUGUAAAAAUAUUAUAAAAUCAAGAAUAGCACUGUAGCAGUAUGAAAGCGCAAUCUAUGCAUUUGUACACCGGGGGAAUUAUACACUACAUGACCAAAAGUAUGUGGACACCUGCUUGUCGAAGAUCUCAUUCUAAAAUAAUGGGCAUUCCACUAGAUGUUGGAAUAUUGCUAUGGGUACUUGCUUCCAUUCAGCCACAAGAGCAUUAGUGAGGUCAGGCACUGAUGUUGGGCAAUUAGGCCUGGCUCGCAGUUGGCGUUCCAAUUCAUCCCAUUGGUGUUCGAUGUGGUUGAGGUCAGGGAUUUGUGCAGGCCAGUCAAGGUGUUCCACACUGAUCUCAACAAACCAUUUCUGUAUGGACCUCACUUUGUGCACGGGGGCAUUGUCAUGCUGAAACUAGAAAGGGCCUUCCUCAAACUGUUGCCACAAAGUUGGAAGCACAGAAUCAUCUAGAAUGUCAUUCUGUGCUGUAGUGUUAAGAGUUCCCUUCACUGGAACUUAUGGGCCUAGCCCAAACCACGAGAAACAGCCCCAGAAAAUUAUUCCUACUCCACCAAAUUUUACAGUUGGCACUAUGCAUUCGAGCAGGAAGCGUUCUCCUACAGUAGCAUCCGUCAAACCCAGAUUCGUCCGUCGGACUGUCAAAUGGUGAAGCGGGAUUCAUCACUGCAGAGAAUGUUUCCACUGCUCCAGAGACCAAUGACGGCAAGCUUUACAUCACUCCAGCCGACGCUUUGCAUUGUGCAUGGUGAUCUUAUGCUUGUGUGAGGCUGCUCAGCCAUGGAAACCCAUUUCAUGAAGUUCAAGACGAACAGUAUUCAUACUGAACAAAAAUAUAAACGCAAAAUAUAAAGUGCUUGUCCCAUUUUUCAUGAGCUGAAAUAAAAGAUCCCAGACAUUUUCCAUACGGGCAAAACACGUAUUGCUCUCACAUUUUGUGCACACAUUUGUUUACGUCCCUGUUAGUGAGCAUUUCUCCUUUGCCAAGAUAAUGGCGGUGCUGUAAUAAAGCCGUUUUGUGGGAAAAUGGUUACAUUUUCAAAAUCUAGAGAUAACAUGUUUAAACUGUGUUGAGUUUUUUGGUCAUUUUGAUGUCAAAUUGAAUUGUUUUUACCGAAUGAAAAACAAAUGAGAUUUUCCAUUUACAUGAGUGUAGCCAAGCUAAGUAGCUAGCUAGCUUUAUCGACUGGCCUACCCUUCCUCCUAGACUUUGAUUGUUGCUUUCAUGAUACGGUUAGAUAUAUUAGUUUUUUUUAAACUAUUUUUCGAUUUACUACAGUAUUUUGUGCACUUUGAGAUUAUUCUUGUAUACUGAAAAGCACUUUACAAAUGUAAUCAUUAAUUAUUAUUAAAACCGAUUUUUAUCUCUUUGAAAAUGUGUGAAUGUGUUUGCUACAAAAACAAAUGUAUGUUAACAUGAAUGUUACUUUGGAAAAUUUCAAGCCGUCAAUAUUCUUGUGAGGUGCUUUAUGUAAAAAUUCUGCUAAUUUUAUAUUUUUUUUUAACGUUGGUCAGCCCUAUUUCUAAUUCAUUGAUAAUAAGUAUACAUUGGAAGAGAAAAACCAGGUCGGUCAAAUGGUCAAGACAUUGUCUUCUCCUGUGGGAGACCUGGGAUCGAAUCCUGCUGCUUAAAAAUGCACACAUGUGGAACAGAAUACUGUAUGUUAAAUGUAACCAUGUAUCUGAGGCAUGUGAACAUUUUAAAUUCAUGUGAAUGUUCAUAUUACCAAAAACCAUGUGUCUGACUCAUGUGAUUUUUUUUCCUCUUAUUUUUUUCACGUGACACAUUUUUCACACGUGAUUUGUUCAUACAUAUGUCCGAAAACCAUUUGUAUUUUUUCUCACAGGUUUUUCAUAUUUUUUUUGUAAGGGUCUCCACACUGUUCAAUGCCUGCUUUUUCAACCCGUACACUAAAUGGGCUUCAUCAUUGAUCUCAGUCAUCACAAUGGUUCAGCAGCUCCUUUACACAAUACUACAUCAUGAGCCUCUCACAGGUUGAAUCAUUGCACUGUGUGUUCCAAUGCACUCCUUCGGCAGUGUGUGUGUGUGUGUGUGUGUGUGUGUGUGUGUGUGUGUGUGUGUGUGUGUGUGUGGCAGAGAGAGAUGUGAGGUCUAGCUUUGAGUCAGAAGCAGCAGCUGAAGCCUGGGUCUGAGAGUGUGUGUGGGAUGAGACCCCCCCAUUUCCCUCAAUUGUCUCUCAUCAACACACUCAUCAACUAUCUCUCUGCCUCUCUCUUCCCUCUUGCUUAUUGAAGACAAGACACACUUGUGUAGAAGUGUGAGAAAGAGGAUUGCAGUGCGUACGCAUGUGCAUACGUGCGUGUGUGUGUGUGUGUUUGUGUACAUCUUUGUGUGUCCACCCCUUUCGCAGUGAGUAAGGCGAGUGGGCGGUAGCAGCAACUGGUCUGCUUAUGUGGUGCGAUGCAUAGCAGACAUGUUUCUCACUGCUAGAUAUUACUCAUUUCCUCAGCCCUACACUCACACACACACACACACAAACACACAGUCUCAGUUAGACGCUCACGCACAUACACACACUGACACACAGAAGCUCGCAGCUUCUCAGUGGUCUUGCUGGUGCUAUUUUUCACUUAUACGGAGCUCUGUGGCAUCGUGUGACUGGUGGCUGUUGUUGGUGUUUCUAUUGGCGCUGUGGAGGUAAAGUAGGAAGCAGCCUGUGGAGAGGCGCCUGACCCCCCCUAGAGGUUCUUAACCCAGGAGGGCUGCAGCAUGUAUGACCACCAACACCUGGACAACACUCUGGUCAACAGCCCACUCUAAGGUGAUAGGUCGUUCAGGACUAGGGUGUCAGUGAUCUGACAGUGAUGUCGUGUCGAGGCCCUCCCCUCUCUCUGCGGCCCUCGUUUUCCCGUGAGUCCCAUGUAACCUAGCCGCCCCCGCCCGCCGCCGCUGGCGCUCACCCAUGAAUCCCAGCCCCGACCGCGGCAAAGAGUGCCUCCCCCCCAAGAAGAGGGAAUCCCGGCAGGGCUCGGUUGACCAGCGCACACUCCUGGACGAGUUCAAACCGCCCGCCUCGCCCCUCAGGACCCGGCCCGCCGGCAGCUCAGGGAGAGAUGAGGGGUGCAGGGAGAACAGCGACGAGGCUCUGACGAACCCCCACAGUCUGCUACCCUCUCCCCCACCUCCCCUCCCACCCCCUGGUAUCCCCCUCCCCCUGCCAUGGCACCUGCCUUACACCCCCUCUGUCCCUCUACCCUUCCUCCCAGGCCAGGUAGGAGAGAGGAGGGGGUCAGGCUCACCCUCCUGGAGGGAUGAUCUUCUCCCUUCCCCACUCCCCCAUCACUCCAGGUGGCUCCGAGGUGAAAUCCCCCUUCCCCUUCCACCCUGCUCAUCCUCUUCCUCCUUCAAGAGCCCCUUCCCUGCUGACUCCAGAGAGAUGUGGUCCUAUUUCAACACAGAACGAAGGGACUAUAGCUCCUCUCUCCUCUCCCCCUCCCACCUGUUCAGCCAGCCCCCGCUCUACCGUCCUGACACCUCCAUGACUGAAGGCAGACACAGACACCUGGGCAAGAGGCCCAACGGGCUGGAUGGCCCGGACAGCAGGACUGCCUCUGCCUCCAGGGUGGCGCCCCCCUCAGGAGAGUACGGGAACGAACCCAGAGGCAGGGCCAGGCUGGGCGGCAGCCUCCACGGUUCCCAUGCCAACGGGCGGCGGAGACACCAGGAGGAUCCCACGGGACGUUCUCAGACGGUUGCGAUUUUCCAAGAUUCCCGAGCGCCACCUCCGGAGGGCCCUGACUCACAUUCCUCUCUGCAGGACAGGGAUCCCCGUGGGACGCCAAAGCCUGGGACCCUCACCCUGAUCCCUAGCAGGCCCCAGCCCCAUCGGGCAGACCCCCGGGCAGGGAGAGGGGAGCUCCUGGACCCCCUGGGGAGCUCUCCGGCUAAGGCCCAGAUUUACUACUCCCUGGGGUCGAUGUACUCUACCCUACAGCCCAGCCACCUCAACCCCCAGGCUCAGCCCUUCCCCCUGUACAGCCCCUCAGGCAGCCCUCAGUACGGCCUGCACAGCAUGAGGAACUCACAGCACUCGCCUCAGGGGCAGCCCAACAGCCACGUCACUGAGAGCGACAGAGAGAGGGAACGAGAGCGAGACAGAGAACGAGACAGACGACGAGAACAAGACAGAGAGAGAAAACGUGAACAAGACAGAGACAACCGGGAGAGAGACAGUGAACGAGACAGAGACAAAGACAGCGGAGACCUUUCCCCUGGGCGGCAGUGCUCACGUCCCCACGCCUCCCCCCUCCUUCCCCUCACGGCCACUUCACCCCCUGCCCCCCACCACCACCACAACCCCCCAGCACUCCUACCUCAUUUUGCCAAGGGAUCUCUGAUUGAGCUGGUAGGGGGCCGUCUAAAGCGUGUGGAGGAGCUGAGGACGGAGGACUUCCUAAGGAGUGCCAACACCUCCCCGGAGUUCCACCUGAGCACCUGCACCAUUCUGCUCAUCGCCCCCAGCGACACACACGGCUUCAACCACCUGCAGGUCCUCCUCACAGACCGCAACACUCAGGAGUUACUAACAGUUCUGGUGGAGUACCCGUUCUUCGUGCGGGACCGCGGCUGGUCUUCCUGCUGUCCCCAGAGAACCUCCCAGCUCUACGGCCUAUCCUGCCGUCAACUCAGCGAGGGAGACAUCUGCCUGGCCCUCACCCCCUCACACACACCUCGCACACACACACACUCACACACACGCACAGCCCCGCGGGGCCACCGCACACACACUCGGGCCAGGGCCGGCGCCAGCUCACACAGGGAAGACAUGCCCCCUCCUCCCCCUCCUCCUCCUCUUUCUCAUCCCUCCCCUGCUCUCGCCCCUCCUCCUCUUCCUCUGCCCCCUGCAGAACCUCCCACCCAGGAGCAGCCACGCUCACGCAAGAGGCGAUGGUCCGCCCCCGACCUCCUACCCCCUACUGGAACUACCGAAGCUACCGGGUACUGACAAGACCACCAAUUUACCUCACGGCUCCAAGCAUAGGAAGCGGCAGUAGAGCUUACACACGUACACACACACACACACACAGAAACACACACAUGCAAGCACAAACACACCCUCCUUGUCUCUAGAGCACACACAUGGCCACACAGUAGAGAGACCACAAGGCAGGGUUGCAGGGAAGGACAAAGGAAUGCAACUUUACUUGUGUCCACACUGCUGCCCAAAGUAUGAGCCUUUACCCCUCUUUCUUCGUCCCUCUUUCCCCUCUCUCCGCUUAGCACACCUCUGACAGGGGUAGCUGUCUGAGGACUCCCAGAGAGCUCCACAGUGACAGACGUUGAGUGAGACACUGUUUUUGUUAUGGUUGUCCCACACGUCUACUUACUGACAGUGUUUUCUGCAGGGUAUCGGUUUUCUAUCAGGGUUAUGGAAGCAGGCUCUACUGAAGAUGUCUAUUGCAGAGAGAGAGAGAGAUAUAUAUAUAUAUAUAUAAAUAUAUGACUAUAUAUUACAUUACAGAUGUUCUAUAAAUAUGCUAAACCGAUUUAAUGCAACCUCUCUGAUUGUCACUUUCGUAAUGCGUUCUCAGUUUUAGAUUUUCUCGCUUCUUCUGAUACGAAGUUUGACUGUCAGUCAGUCAGUCAGUCAGUCAGUCAGUCAGUCAGUCAGUCAGUCAGUCCAUCGGUCAGUGGGUCUGGGCAGGCAAGGUAAAUGAAUGUAUCAGCUACUCUUCGCCUUUUUACUAUUCUCGUUACCG